GAUGUCAUUCUAGCGCAUGCCCUUAUCUGUCCCAGCAGCCAUUUCUGGAAGCCGGGUGGGUGAACAGCUAGCGUGGGUUUUUGUUCGGAUCGUCUCGGCCUUUGAACCGCCGAGAGAAACAUAUUUCCAGUUUUUCUUUCUAUACCAUGAGGGAUGCCCGCGGUCGUGGAGGCAUGAGAGGACGUGGUCGCGCGAUGCCCUACAAGGGACAACCUCCCUUCCGUACCUUCAUCCCACAUGUGCCCUUCGACCUGGUUCAGUGUGAGGUCGCCUUCCCAAGGGUCAAACCUGCACCUGAUGAGACACACUUCACAGAGGCCCUGUUGAAGCGUAACCAGGACCUGACUCCCACCACUGCUGAACAGUCUGCUGUACUGAACCUGGUCACCAAGAUCAACAAUGUUCUGGAUAACCUGAUCGUAGCACCUGGGAGCUUUGAGCAUAUAGAGGAGGUUCGUCAGGUGGGCUCCCACAAGAAAGGUACCAUGAUGGCAGGACACAAUGUGGCUGACAUUGUUGUCAUCUUAAAGAUACUGCCCACAAGAGAGGCAGUGCAGGGAUUGGGGAAGAAGGUGGUUGAAGAGGUGCGGAAUGCAGACCCUAAGGAGGUUCUGACCAUGCUGCCCAAUGAGUCUGGGUUUGAGGUUAGUUCUGCAGAGGCCACAGUAAAAGUCCUGGUGACCACCAUCCCACCUAACCUGCGCAAACUGGACCCUGAGAUACACUUGGAUGCUAAAACCCUUCAGAUGAACUUAGCAGCCAUUCGACACGCCAGGUGGUUUGAGGAAAACGCCUUCCACUCUACCAUUAAGGUCCUGAUCCGUCUGCUGAAGGAUCUCCACAGCAGGUUUACGGGACUCGAACCCCUGACCCCCUGGAUCAUAGACCUGUUGGCCCACUACGCGAUCAUGAACAACCCUAACCGCCAGCCGCUCCCCAUCAACGUUGCGUUCCGGCGCUGUCUCCAGCUGCUGGCUGCCGGCUUCUUCCUGCCCGGGUCGGUCGGAAUCACCGACCCCUGCGAGGGCGGAAAUGUCAGAGUUCACACUGUCAUGACCUUGGAACAACAGGACCAGGUUUGUUACACAGCCCAGACCCUACUGCGAGUUCUCAGUCACGGAGGCUACAAGAAGAUCCUGGGCAUGGAGGGAGACUCAAGCAUAGCUACGGAGAUGUCCGUGUGGGAGGGGGUGGUGGUGACACCAUCGGAAAAGGCUUACGAGAAGCCACCAGAGAAACCAGAGGGGGAGGGGGAAGGGGAUGGAGAGGGGGUGGAGGAAGCCAUGGAGGCCCAGGAUGUAUCCGCAUGAAGUACAUGAAGAAGGCUGGUGCCAUGUCAUUCCACAGUCUUGUAACUUGUAGAAGUAUUGGUGUAUAGUAGAUACGUUUCAUACAAGAAAUCAGUGAGGAAAACUUUGUUCUCUUAGAUGUUGGUAAAGGUCUUCACAUGUUUUGUACUUUAUGGAAAAACAGGACUUUGUUGUAUGUUAAAGAACCUACUGUGAAUUUAUUACACCGUGGUUUAGACUUGAAACAAUUCUUGAGUACAAUAGUCGUACAUUGGAAAGACAUAUUUGCUGUGUCAUAUGAACUUGGUCACCACUGAGGUAAAAUCACUUGCAAAAAUUUUAAGAUUAGAAAUAGUAUGUAUUAAGAAUAAUGGAGCUAAGCUGUCAAAACAGUACUGUAAGUUAUGUUUUAUCUUUUAUGUAGCGUCAUAUGGCACACAUGUAGAUUGAUUACCAUGACCAAUUGUAACAUCAUGUUGGCUCGACACGUCAUGAGAUGGAAUGUCCCUCUCCCAUUGGAAACUGUUAUUUACAAUUCAGAUUGAAACAUACAGUGUCAUGUUGGUAACAAAAUAUGAUUAGCGCCCUUCAUUCUCUCUGUCUGACAUCUGUUUCUUACACAAUAAAUCAUCAGUACAAA